AUGGCUAUUUCUAAAUCGAAGGUAGCGGCAGGACUUGCAGUUGCAGGGAUCCUCACAGUUGCUUUUGGGACAGUUCUAGUAUUCUUGGGACCAAUAAUAAUCGAUGAUCAAAUUGUUAAGAACGUGGAGAUCAACCCAAAGAACGAGCUGUCCUACACCAUGUGGAAGGACAUCCCUGUGCCGUUCUUCAUGUCUGUCUACUUCUUCCACGUGCUCAACCCAAAUGAGAUCCUGCAGGGUGAGAGGCCAAUGCUGGAGCAGCGGGGGCCCUAUGUCUACAAGGAAUAUCGUCAGAAGGACAACAUCACAUUCCACGCCAACAAGACAGUGUCAUACCGGGAGUACCGUCAGUACCACUUCAUGAGGAACAUGUCCGUGGGCAAUGAGUCAGACGUGGUCACUAUCCCCAACAUGCUUGUGCUGGGCGCGGCAGUGAUGAUGGAGAAAAUGCCCUUCGCUAUACGGCUACUGAUGAGUGCAACAUUCAAGACCUUCAACGAGGGUCCAUUCUUGACUAAACCAGUGGGUGAACUGAUGUGGGGCUAUGACAGCAAGCUUGUGGAAUUCCUCAACACCUACCUCCCAGGCAUGCUGCCCACCAGUGGCAAGUUUGGCCUCUUUGCUGAGUUCAACAACUCCAACACAGGCCUUUUUACUGUGUUCACCGGCCAGGACGAUAUCAGGAAGGUUCACAAAGUGGAUUCGUGGAAUGGCUUGAAGGAGGUGGACUACUGGAGAACUAAGCAGUGUAACAUGAUCAAUGGGACAGCGGGCCAGAUGUGGCCCCCCUUCAUGACCCCAGAGUCCACACUGCCCUUCUACAGCCCAGAUGCCUGCAGGUCAAUGGAGCUGAUCUACCAGGAGUCGGGAAAGGUGGCGGGCAUCCCUGUGUACCGCUACGUGGCGCCCAAGACUCUCUUUGCCAAUGGCUCAGAUUACCCUCCCAAUGAAGGCUUCUGCCCUUGCAGGCAGUCGGGCAUCUUGAACGUGAGCAGCUGCAGACACAACUCCCCGGUGUUUAUCUCUCACCCACACUUCUUCAACGCUGACCCUGUCCUGCUGAGCUUUGUCCAGGGGCUGGACCCCAACGAGCGGGACCACGGCCUCUUCAUUGACAUCCACCCGGAGACUGGUGUGCCCUUGAAUGUGUCCAUCCGGCUGCAGCUCAACCUAUACAUGAAGAAGGUGUCGGGCAUCACGGAAACGGGCAAGAUUUCUGAAGUAGUUAUGCCCAUGAUCUGGUUUGAAGAGAGUGGAUACAUCGAUGGUCCAGUGCUCAAAACGUUCUACACCAACCUGGUGGUGCUACCAGCAGUGAUGGAGUAUAUGCAGUAUGUCUUCAUUGGGCUGGGCCUUCUCACCAUCCUGGGGGCCAUUAUCCUGAGACUGCAUGAUAAGAAAAGCGUUUCUGAGAAGGCUGAACUGCACGGCUCAGAUACAGACCCAAGGACAUCGAUUAUUGGGAGAGACCCUCUACUGCCGGACAGCACAGAGUGACACCAGCCACCAGCCAACAGCCACCCUGUGCCUCACCCCCUACACACCACCCCCCACCCCGUUGUGUUGGGCUUGCCACAGGAGUCACAAACACCUCUAGCUGCAGUGGAUUUGGGGAGUCUGGGCUGUGGACAUUUUGUACAAACCCUGCCCCCUU